AUGGUUUUUAUGACGGUGAUGCCAACUAUGCUAGAGCCUUUUAUCACGUUAUCAGCGAAUACUUUCAUUUCGAUAUUUGCACAUUUGCAAGUGAUUUCUGUCAGUGUUUUCUCGGUAGUCUCUUUUGUUAUCCAAGGACGUUCGGAAAAAAAAAUAUUUGAUAUAAUUAACGGAUUUAUUAAAUUAUACAAAAGAAUUUCGUCGCAGACUGGUGCAAAACAAAUACUAGGACGAGCAUUUACACUGUUUAUCGUAUUGAAACUAUUGCUCAGCUUCUUGGGUCUAAUCUACGAGAUUGCCUUACUUUUGGAAGGGGGAAUGGGCGUGGAUUUCAUGUUAGGCGUUUACCUUUGGCUAGCUCUAAUAUAUGUACUGGAUUGUUGCUUUGUGGGAUUUCUGGUCAUCAAACAAAUGUAUAUUGAAUUGGCUGCGCAUCUGAUGCGAAUGCUGGAUACGAUGAGCGUCAUUGAAUCGGAACAGCCGCCUAAACCACUGAGCAAACACCAAGCCAUGAAAUUGUUAUGCGUGCAUGCUGAAAGUAUCGACGAGAGCAAUGCCAUAUACAAAAAGUUGUACGAGGUUACCAAAGAGUUUCUGCAUAUUUUUCGUUGGCAGAUCUUUUAUUAUAUUUACUACAACUUCGUGAUUACACUGAUGCUGAUGCUCCGGUUUAUAUGGCGAUAUUUGGAUACGGGAUAUUUCGACUUGCUUUCGUUCUUCGCUUCUAUUUUCAAGUUCUGCAAUUUGACUCUCUUAAUUUUAUGUGCUCACGGCGUAGUGGAGAAGUCUCAAUUGCCCGAAAUAAUCGAUCUGGAUUUAGUGUGUUCUGAUAUCGAUGCCCGUUGGGAUGUGAGCGUCGAGACGUUCAUUUGCCAACGCAAAGUGGAAAAUCUAGAAAUUAGUGUUUUGGGACUCUUUCACCUCAACAAUGGGUUCAUCCUAGUCAUUAUCUCGGCCAUUAUGGCUUACCUCUUCAUCUUAAUUCAGUUUGGUUUGACAAAGAACUCAUAAAAAGCUGCGCAUGCGUAGCCGCAACACAUUGAAUUACAGC